AUGGUCAAUGCUUUCACUCAGAUACCCAUUACCAGAUCUGCUCCUUCCAGCAGUCUGUCCAGAACAUGGAAGGAACGCCUGCAUUCCUACUCGCUCGAGCAACCCUUGGACCGCGUGAAUGUCCUCGGAGAUGAUACACAUGGGCAUACAGGAUGUGUGAAUGCGUUGUCUUGGGCGAAGGACGGAGAGCUCCUAAUGAGCGGCGGGGACGACAGGACAGUGCGGCUAUGGCGCAUAGAUCCCAGCGACACCACGAAGGACUAUCCUUUCGUCUGCGAGGCGGUCAUAUUCACCGGACAUACCGCGAACAUCUUCAAUGCACAGAUGCUGCCAAACUCCAACCGCAUAGUCACAGUGGCAGGCGACAAGCAAGUGCGCAUUUCCGACGUAGGAGCUGCUUUUCUCUCCUCGCAACACCGUGGUGAGACAGAGUACAGCAGCCGUCAGGCGAACGUCCGCGUGUUGCAUUGCCACAGUGCCCGAGUAAAGCGCAUUGUGACAGAGGAGAGCCCGGAUCUGUUUCUCACUGUCUCUGAGGACGGCACAGUGCGGCAGCACGAUCUGCGUGUCCCGCACCAAUGCCGCUUGGGGACGUGCCCUGCCCCUCUCGUCAGAGUGGACCAUGAGCUGAGUACCAUGGCACUCUCCCCUUUGGCGCCAUACCAGCUCGUAGUGGCCGGAGAAUCGCCAUAUGGCUACCUCUUCGACAGGCGGCAUGCAGGGCGGUCGUUCAGAGAGGAAUGGGGUAUGCUUCCGGAGAUGGACGAUGUCACUACAUGUGUGCGUCGCCUUGGACGUGCUAGUCACGGCCUGGGUGAACGGAGGGGAUCUGAGCACAUUACCGGCGCGCGCAUGGCAUCUACCAAUAGUCAUGAGGUGCUGCUGUCAUAUAGCUCCGACGCUGUCUAUCUGUAUUCGACACAUGAUGAGCCUCAGACACCAGAAAUGUCUGGUGAGAGUUCUGUCCUCCCUCCGAAUAACAAGUCGUCAAGAGAGGGUUCGGCAGCGCCUUUGGCGAAUAACGAUACGGGGGAACGUGGCGUGGGUCCUAUGUCCGAGGUCGACAUACAGAUACAGGAAGACCUCGAACGCUACUACGCUGAAGCUGCCCUCAUGGAUGACGAAGAUGAAGCCCACUCAGACGAUAGGGACGCCAGUGACGAAGAGGAAGAAGAGAGGCAGGAAGAAGAACAGCUGCAAGCGACCGCGUCUUCCUACAAGACCCCAGUUAUAUACCCUCGCGCACGCUUUGCCGGUGCCUGCAAUGUGGAGACGGUCAAAGAUGGCGAGUAUCUCUUAUUCCUACCUACUAUUAGGACUAAUGCUCGAACAGUCAAUUUCUUAGGUCCCCACGAUGAGUUCGUGGUUUCCGGCUCUGAUGACGGUUAUUUCUUCAUGUGGAAGAAAUCCACACGACAGCUCCACGACAUCAUUGAGGGCGACGGUUCUGUGGUUAAUGUGAUUGAGGGACAUCCUCACCUACCUCUCAUUGCUGUCAGCGGCAUCGACACAACCGUGAAGGUAUGCUUUGGCAUGUUAUUAUUGUCGCAUGCUUAG